GAGGCUACUGAGGACAGAAUCUCCGCUCCUUUUCCAAAUAUUUGGAGGUUGUUUUAUUUCCACACUCGAUCCGUUAUGCUGGUGAGAUAGAUGGCUUUCUACAAAGGAUGGCAAAGGAUCCUGCGGGUGCUUGAUCUGCCCCACCUGGCCACAACAGAGAUAAUCUGAGACCAAUCAAGUCAAGUGAGACCACAGGAUUGACUUUCCACAGAGCUGGGGAGGGAACGACAACGUCAGAGCUGUGGAGGUUGAUGCCCUGCUAUGACUGUGGAUGUCAGCCUGAGACGCUGUUCAUAUGGCAGGCAUUGCAAAUACCAGAGGGGGAACUCUGAUGGAAUACAUCAGAGCCCCCAGGGCAAAGUAUACGCUAUUUGGAGAAGCUAUACGUCAUGUCAUCCCUGCAGGUUUGCAAUGCUCAAUGGGCUGUGGAGGACAAUCCUGCAAGUAUGACAACCCAAGUUACUGGAAAGAUGACCAACAGGCCAUUAAAGGCCUCUACUCAUCAUGGGUUAGUGAUUAUCUUCUUGCUAUGUCCAGACCGUCAACAGAAACUAUUGAGAAAUACAAAAUCAUUGAUCAAUUCAAAAGGAAUGGUAUUAAAACAGUGAUCAACCUACAGAUACCUGGUGAACAUGCCAGCUGCGGAAAUCCUCUGGAGCCGGAGAGCGGCUUUUCUUACCGCCCAGAGAUCUUCAUGGCAAACGACAUUUAUUUCUACAAUUUUGGCUGGAAUGACUACGGAGUGGCCAACCUCACCCACAUGCUAGACAUGGUGAAGGUCAUGGCCUUCGCUCUACAGGAAGGAAAGAUAGCGGUCCACUGUCACGCUGGUCUCGGACGAACAGGUGUGCUGUUAGCAUGUUUCUUGGCCUAUGCUACCAGGAUGACUGCUAACCAGGCUAUUCUAUACGUACGUGCUAAACGCCCCAGUUCCAUCCAGACACGAGGUCAGCUGCACUGUGUCAGAGAGUUUGUUCAAUUCCUUGCACCUUUGCGGAGUGUCUUUUCCUGUGCUGAGCCCCGAUCUAACUCAGUGACUCUAUCCCAGUACCUAAACCGCCAGAGACACAUACUACAUGGCUAUGAAAGAAAGGAGCUAUGGAAUCUACCAAAGAUUGUCCAGCUGGUGUCUAGGCUGCUGCUGGACAUUGCAGAGAAUCGGCAGGUGAUUGAGGAAGACAUUCUGGAGGCCCCAGAUAUUCAUGACUUAGAGAUGACUCUCAGCAUUAUUGAGCAGAUGGGUCCAGAUGUGUUUGCAAAGGAGCCCCGCUUACCAGGUACACCAACCUUACCCAGACAUUUCAACGAGCCACCCAUCUUUUACCAUCGCAAAAGUCUUAGCUACAGUGAGUCCGAUUUGAGACGACUGGGCCCCCAGCUCAACCUCCCCACACAACCACUCGGCUCCUUGUCACAGAGUGCUAUCGAUACGUCCGUUUACCCCUCGGAGAAAGCUCACUCUCAAACUGAGAUUCAGCGUUGGAACAGCAACCCGUCUGAGGUCUCAGCAGGCUCACUGUGGCAAUUAAAAAAUGUAGAAACCCAAAAAGAUGGCUCCAUUCUGCUGAGAAAAGUGACCCAGGCAAACAUCCAACGAAGUGAGUCUGUGGGGAACAGUGAACCUACCAAGACGGGCAGCAUGCUGGCUAGGUGGAAGGCAGAGCAGAGGGAAGAGUUAAAAAUGAACGGGAGGAAGCCUAAUGUAGGACAAGAGGAACACUCAGAGGUUCCAUACAUCACCCUGCAGACAGAGUUGUCCCUGGAAAGCAAGAGGCUGUUAGUGGCACAGGCCCUGGCAGUGGACCUUUUUCUCGAUGGGGAAGAAGAGCACAAGAGCAAAGUCUUAGCGUGGCAGGCAGAACUAAACCAAGGUGGUGGCUGGGAAAGACUGUGCUCCGAGCGGGAUCCCUUUAUCCUUACUGGGCUCAUGUGGUCAUGGCUGGAGCAGCUUAAAGAGCCUGUCAUCAGCAUCCAGAAAGCCAAAGCCCUGAACCCUUACAGCACGGAUUCUCAAACCAUCCUCAACACACUCGACCAGGCCAACAAAGAAACAUUAAUGUGCAUACUAGACUGCAUGGCUCAAAUGUUGACCAUAUCAGAAGAUGUUGAAGAUGCAUUCCUGAAUCGUACUAUCAAAGCAUUCACCUGGUUGGAAAGUGACUCAGAAGAUGGAAGAAAAGUGUACGCGUCCAUGACUACUGUCCUACGUUGUGUCCUUGGGGACUUGCGGUGCUUCGCUACCCUGUGAUUAAGCACACCCGUGUUCAAUUUACCAAUCAAGUCCAAAGUGUAGAAAAACCUUAUUUGGUGAAUGAAACAAUUAAGACAUUCCCAGAAAAUGGCUAUGGGAUGGGAUGAAGAGAGUAAGAAACAAUUCAAACCAGGGAAAAAAGGAGGAAACAAAGUAAAAGCUAAGUCUACUUUAUUUUUUACAUCACAUUUAAAAACAACCAAGGCUGACCAAAGUGCUUUAAGGAGUAAUUAAAGGUACAAAAAAGGACAAUUAAACUUUAUAACACAUUGAUAACCCUCUAUUUUUCAUGACGAGAACGGUUUUUAUCCCAGAUAUAAGUCCUGGGCCCCACGUUCGGAGGCUAGUCCUCAAAGUGGGCGGCCACGGGUUUCAAUGGCAAGUAAACCUUUACACCAUCUGCAAAACAGUGGAACAAGACAUCAUAUUUUUCAACAAAGACCCAGGAAAAGAAUAUUUAAAGAAAAUAGGAUGGAGUCCAAAACAGAACCCUGAGGGACACCUCUAGUAAGUGGGGCCAUCUCAGAAGAGUUAUCACCGAGGUGGACAGACAAAGUCCUAUCUUCCAGUCAGGACUGAAACUGAUUGAGUGCAGCAUUUUUCCCCCUAAACAAUACACAUUUUCUAAACGUGACAAGAUCGUAUGAUCGACUGUGUCGGGUAGCACGAAGACUCUCCUGAGACAACAGUUAAUCAGAUAGUAGAAACUAAACUUUUCAUAUACUUCAUGGUUAACUAAAAAGUUUGCAGCUGUGAGUGAGAAAAUAGAGAGAGAAAUUAACAAUGGUAAACAUUAUAUAUUCACUUAAAAAAAACAAGCCUUUAUUUAAAAGAGGCUGUUUCAAGCACUCAGUUAAACUAUUAUUUCCCAAAAUUAUAAACAAAUGAGAAACACUAGAGCACAGAAAAAAAAGACACCCUAAGCACAGGACUUAGCACCGGACUAAGCACUGGACUAAGCACCGGACUAAGCACUAGUGCACGUCACUAAGUGCACUCAGCCGGAUGGCCCACUGGCAUUGGCUGCCCUCUCCCCUGCUCUUUGUUCUCUGGCCUUGAUUGUUAAUUGGACACAGGUGAGCUUAAUAACACACGUUACAUAAGGAGGAGAGCAGAACUUGGAGAGCACAGGAGAUAGAGGGAAACACAAAGACAAAAAACCCCCCAAAAAACUACAGUGUGAAAAAUUGUCUCAUUCUCUUUCUGUUACCAAAGAAUAUCCCAAUGUACUGUAAGCUUAUGUGAUGAACAGUUUAUAAUAAAAGUAAAUGUU